AUGAAAUACGUGCAACUCGGAAGCAGUGGUCUUCGUAUCGCCCCAAUUGGCGUGGGAUGCAUGAGCUUUGGAAAUCCCAAAGGCCGUUUCAAGUGGUCACUCGCGGAGGAAGAAGCAUUACCGGUGCUCAAUUAUUGCUACGAAUCUGGCCUCAACUUCUUCGACACAGCAAACGCCUAUUCCAAUGGGUUGUCUGAAGAGAUUCUCGGCAAGGCAAUCAAGAAAUAUGGAUGGCGCCGUGAAAAUAUUGUCGUCGCAACUAAGCUCUGGGCACCUGUCGGCCGCGGCUCCGAACAGCCAAUGGCCAUGACCAAUGAUGAAAAAGAUAAUGGCGGCUACGUGAACCAAUACGGAUUGAGUCGGAAGCACAUCUUCGAGAGUGUCGACGCUAGCCUGCAGAGACUUGAUUUACCCUACGUCGAUCUGCUGCAGAUCCAUCGCUUCGACCCCAGAACUUCCGUGAAGGAAACAAUGGAGGCGCUUCAUGACAUCGUCAAGUCCGGGAAAGUGCGCUACAUCGGCGCUUCAUCGAUGUGGGCUCAUCAGCUACUCGAGUAUCAAUACACCGCCCGCAUCCACGGCUGGACGGAGUUCAUCUCAAUGCAGAACCUCCACAACGCAAUGUACCGAGAGGAGGAGAGAGAGAUGUAUCCUGCGUGUGCAAAAUUCGGAAUUGGUGGGAUUCCUUGGAGCCCCGUUGCUAUGGGCUUCUUGGCUCGACCUUGGCGUGACUUCUCAAAGACCACGCGUGGAGAGGGCCAGGGCUCUGGUUUCCUGGGACAGCCAGCUACUGAGACGGACAAGAAGAUCAACGAGCAAAUUGAGAAGAUUGCUGAGCAACGUGGCGUGUCGAUGGCGACCGUGGCAAUUGCUUGGUCUCUCUCGAAGCCAUUUAUCACGGCACCAAUCCUAGGAAUGAGCAAGAAGGAGAGAGUCGAUGAGGCAGUUAAGGCUAUCUCUUUCGAUCUCAGUCCAGCUGAGUUAGAAAGUGUCGAUCACCUGUAUGAGCCCAAGAAGGUGCUUGGCCAUCAAUAA